AUGACUCGGGCAGCGACGGGUAGCAACCGCACGAACCCCAGAACAGAACCACGCAGGCGACUGACUCCGCGCGGAGACGUGGCGCCGUACGUCUGGAGAACUUUUGCGUGUGAAGUUUGCAAGGAUAUCACUGAGAUGGUUGCUUUUUUGGCCCUACCUGCGAUGGCAGUUCCUACAUUAACCGUCACAGGUUUGGCUGCAGGUGGCGCGGUCGUAGCUGUCGUGGCAGCACCCUUCGCACUUGCGGGUCUGGGCUUCACCGCAGGCGGUGUCACAGCUGGCUCGGCAGCUGCUGCCGCGCAGUCCGCGCUUUACGGAGGCGCCACUACCGGUGCCUUCUCUGCACUCCAAAGCGCCGGCGUCCUCGGACUCGGCACCGUGGGUACGUCUGUCGCCGCAGGCACCGGGGCAGUUUUGA